AUGGGUCGCUCUUCUUUAUUGAGGACAUUUUUUCUUGGUGUUCUUAUAAUCGCAACGUGGGUGCUCUUAGUCGCUGUUUAUCUCUUCGGCCGUCAAGGAAUCCUCUUGAAGAUAAAUUACCAAAACUCGUUGCUUAUCAUAACGGGAACGAUUGUGAAAGAAGAAGCGGCAAAGCAGCCUGAAAUCAGGCUGAAUGGAUUAAAUCAGCAUACAUGGGAAAAGCCGUGCCAGAUAAACCUCGAACAGCUCUGCAAUUAUCCAAUUUUUCCUAAGGCGCCGGAUAACAGAACCUUUGCGGAAAAAAUUGACUUGUUCUUCUCUAACGUUACAGUUGCUGGGAUUCGACUUAUAGGUUUCCUUCGUCCGAAUAUAUCCGGCGAAUAUUAUUUCUUGGUCGCUUCGAAUGGCGUCGCUGAAGUUUGGCUAAGUUCGGAUAAGAGCUGGAGAAACGCGCAAAAAGCCGCGUACACGAACCCUCAAAAUUCAAGCUCGGCCGUGGACAACAAGGCCUUUAAAGCAAUAAAAUCUCAGAUUUCUGAUGGCAUGUUUUUGUAUGCGAACUAUGACUACUAUUUUGAAGUGAUUUACGCUCAGGGGAUUCACGAAAGCAAAGAGCACCUAAUUCAGGUAGCUUGGAAAAGACCUGAAACGAAGAGAUUUGAAAUAAUAGUUGGAGAUUUCCUCACGCCAUACAAAAAAGACAGCCAUUUGGCUCAUCUACAAGUUUACGACGAUGAUCUGCCAGAAGUCCCCUCUUGCCGGGAAUUGCGGGUUAAAUACCCAGUCACGAACAAGUAUAUGGAGCCAGAGACGUUACCCUAUUUGCAACACGCAACAGUGGCACGCGCGCUAGACUUCUGUGAAUAUCAACCCAGUUAUCUUCUAAAACCUGCGAAUUUGUCCAACUUCAGGAAGUAUCACGGAGUAUACCGACAUACGCACAAGACAAGCGGCUAUCCGUUUCCUAACGUGAUGGGGGUGAAACAGGCUAGUAAGCUCUCUGUAACGUUUAUAGGAGAAUACCCCUUAGAUGCGAAAGAGGCUAUGGCAGUUGUAAGCCAAUACUUUGAAGCUCUAAAACAGGCAUAUCCGGGGUAAGUAAACUAAAUCAAUUCUUCCUUAUACCUUAUUAGCUGACUUCAGUGGAACCCCGCCUUAAGGCCACCUCGGUAAUAUGGUCACCUCGCUGUAACGGCCACGGUUAUUUGGCCCGGCAAAACGGCAAUACAGUUUGUUUAUAAAAAACCCUCGUUAAUACGGUCACCCGUUAAUACGGCAAACGGCCACAUUUUAAAAUCCCAACCAAUAGAAUCUUUUACAAUUUCGCCUCGUUAAUACGGCCACUCGUCAGAAAUUUCGAAUUGCUUUGAUCAGGAGGCUCCUGUAUUGACCUCAGUAAGUUGAGCUUGUUUUUCUACUGUUUUUAGACUAUAGUCACUUACAGUGCAUUUGUGAUUUAUGUGUGUGUUUUAUGUGCUGAAGAAGUUUCAAGUAGUUUUUUUCAAGUAGUUUCUACAAUUACGUACGGUACGCGAUAUCUACAUUGCUGUUGUCAGUGUUGUUUAUUACAAGAAGUGUAAAUGCGAUCAUGGUGUAUUCCUUAAGUCAUGAAAUUUGACCCUGCCCCGGCAAUACGGCCACCCCGUUAAUAUGGCCAAAUUGUUUUGUGACCCUUGAUGACCGUAUUAACGGGGUUCCACUGUAAGUAAAAAGCCUCCAGUGAGGUCUGUCUGCUCGCGCUUUCUAGCUUUUUAGCCCUAUAGCGCUACAGUCAACUCUAUCUAAGAUGGCUCCCUUUGGGACCGGUCCUAAGUGUCCGUUUCAGAGAGAUGUCCGUCUUAUAGAGGGUCAAAUGAACGAAUUAAAGAAAGUGGGGGAUCAAUUCCAAGGGUGCUUACCAUUUGACAGAAAAAUCCGGUUGGGGUGUCGAAACCAUAAUGGUAAGCGAUUUGCCAGUUUACCGUAGAAAUGCCACAUCCGUUACGGUUUGAAUCCAAACAAGGGCGAAUUUGUGUCCCGUGAGUCUGGAACCGAGAAGAAACUGAGAAAUUGGUUAAUGGUAAGCAAGAUUUCGUUUGGUUCGUACCAACCGGAACGAAAGGACUGCCUCAAAACGUACUCCUCAAUUUUCGGUUGGAAUUUCCGAAAACUGACCUUGCCAUUUUCCUUCCAUCCGGAAUUUCCGAAAUUUUCCGUCAAAUGGUAAGCACCCCAGGUGUCCGUUUUACAGAGGGGUCCGUCUUAUAGUGAGGUGUCCGUUAAGAAAGAGUCGAACGUAUUCACGCUGACGUCACUUAUCUAUGUUAAUGCGCCAACUAGAAGCGCAUUGGUUCUUGAAACAAAAGUCUCAGAGGAGACAUCUCUGCAACACGAGUGGAAAAAAAGAAUCUUUUGUCAACAGAGCACUUAUGCGCCAAUGAGUUUCCGGUUGGCACAUCAAUAUCAAUAACAGACGUCAGCGUAAGUUUCGCUCACCAUACACUACAAAAGCAAUAGUGCCUGUUGACAGGCUACUGAGUGAGUGAUUCAUUACUAGUUACCAGUUGCUGGUUACACGGACGUGGUCCGUACCUGGGCUACCUCGUUAGGCCUUUAAAUGGUGGCAAGAAACUGCCAAUUUGCGUUGUUUAAAAGAUGGAAUAAAUAGGAUAGGUAUUGGUGUUACAAUGAGGAAACAACUUUCUGGACAAUUGUCUGCGCGCGUGCGUUUGUUUCAAGACUGACUCCUCCCCAGUCCUCUCUUAUUGAACCUCUCCCCAGUGACGCGCAGGGUGUAACGGGAAGGACUGAGGAAAGCGUGUGAGAGAGUCUUCUUCUCUAUUUUCUCUUCCCAUUACCCCCUGUCCCCAUCAUGCGCGUUACGAAGGCGAUUAAGUACAAGUCAGUUCUUGAGAUACCAAAACCAGGAAAGUUUCUGAGGCGAUUCAGAUUUUCACAUAUUGGGUCGACGAAGGACUGAACGCAUACUAAUGAAAAAUCGAUUUUAAAUAUUCGAAACAUAUGAUCCUGAGCCUAUCGAUCGAUACGAACCUCGACACCAAUUUAGUCCCUUCAAAAAUGUUUCCGGGGUCCAAGAUAAGAAGACUAAUACCAGUUACAGUAUAAAAACAUAGGCACGUUCAACGUGCAUGAGCUAUUUUGAAUGCUUCAGUGUAACUAUAAUACUUGGGUGUAACCUUACCAAGAGUGAUGAAUCUACCUUUUUCAUCCUAAAUGUAGAUUUGGUUUUUGUGCGAAAUUGGGUAUUGCGCUACAUAAAUGAAAACGCGAAACGCUCAGCUGAGUCGAUCCUCAACCUAUGUAUUCACUUUCCUCUGUCUUUCCCAGUUACAUCUGGUGCAAGUUAAACAAAUUGCUAAAGUAAAAUAAAUUUCUACUCACCAAACGUUGAUUAGAAGGAAAACUCUAAGGUUUCCUCGGAGUUUCUUAAGCCAAAAUGUGACUCAUCGAAUACUGAAUAGUUACGAAAUACCAGGAUUUUUAUCAUUGAGGUAGAUGGUUGCGUCAUCAUAAUUCACGAGGUUUUCACGUGCGAUUCUACUCAGUGAAACAGUCUUUAACUCCGACAACUUAUUUCUUCAUGUUUUAAAAGCUAUUGCUUCUUAAAAGGCAAGAGCCUUUUUUAAGGCAUUGGUUACAAAACGAAACAGGUCUUCAUACGUCCAAGUUACUAUUUAUCAUUGUGAAAAGCCAAUCUGCAUGAGAUGUACAGUCACACAGCUGGCACGUGAAAGUGUUGGACUUUGUCCCCUUUCGUGGUUCGUACGUGAGGGAAUUCGAGUUAUCACACAAUAAACUAGUAAACAGAAUUAUAAAAAUAACUCUUGCACACAAUUUGCACGUGAAGAUGUUGGUCUUUGGCCCUUUUACAAUUCGUACGUUAAAAAAAAGGCAAAUUGUUUACUACAAAAUUUUCUCAAGCGAUUUUAAGAAAUCACCUCGGCUUCAUUACAACAUCUGCAAUUAAAUUAUGUUUCAUGCAACGUCAAGGUUGAUAACCUAACAUUUAUUAACAUUUGUGAGACAGUCUUUAACUCCGACAACUUAUUUCUUCAUGUUUUAAAAGCUAUUGCUUCUUAAAAGACAAGAGCCUUUUUUAGGGCAUUGGUUACUAAACGAAACAGGUCUUUAUACGUUCAAGUCACUAUUACUAUUGUGAAAAGCCAAUCUGCAUGAGAUGUACAGUCACACAGAUGGCACGUGAAAGUGUUGGACUUUGCCCCCUUCCGUGGUUCGUACGUGAGGGAAUUCGAGUUAUCACACAGUAAUCGAGUAAACAGAAUUAUAAAAAUAACUCAUGCACACGAUUUGCAUGUGAAGAUGUUGGUCUUUGGCCCUUUUACAAUUCGUACUUAAAAAAAACGCAAAUUGUUUACUACAAAAUUUUCUCAAGCGAUUUUAAGAAAUCACCUCGGCCUUAUUACAACAUCUGCAAUUAAAUUAUGUUUCAUGCAACGUCAAGGUUGAUAGCCUAACAUUUAUUAACUUCCAAGAAAAUUAUCAAACUGCCGAAAUAUAUCUCUGCUCAUAUCAUGUUACUCCACUCAAUAAAGCAGUACCUAAUUAUUGUGUCAACUAGCUUCUUCCAAUUUUAUUCCCUAACGCUACUGUUUCUACUUAAGUUUAUACGCAUCUUUACUAAAUAAAAUACGUUUCAAUAACUAUAAUGCUUAGUAUGCAGGAAGGAUGUAUCAUGUUGUUCACUUAUUAUUCCUUUUUGUUGUUGUUUUGCCGGAACGAAAAAGGUCUGUUGAACUUUGUAAGCGAGAGAAUAAUAUUUCUACAGCUUGUUUACAGGAUUAACAAUACUCGGUACAGCUUUUAAAAAAAUAAGCUGCUUUUCAAACUUCUAAAACCACAUUUUAUAGGCCGCAUACUUUCGAAUUAAAGUCCAUAUCUAAAUAUCAAUUAUUGCUUCACUGGAAGAGCUUUGAAAAUAUAUGAUCGUUUAUACUCUACCUUGAAGCAGGUGAAACACAACUCAUAAAUACGUGCGUGGUACCGUUCGCGAUAGCCGAAUUCGGUCAGAAAUGUCUUGAAGUAGCAUCCACACUAAAAUAUGAACCCUUAAACAGCUGCAUCACUGUACACAGCGUUUGAAUCAUGAAGAUAUUUAAUAUAAUGUUUCCAAACACCUGUAGCCGUAAUAAAAGACGAGCAAAUUGUAAAGAAUCAAGAUGGCGGUCUUAAAGUGCCCUUGUUCGACCUUUAGCAAUGUGAUUUUUAAGUAGAUGCCAAGAUCUCAUUGGUUCCUUAGCAUCAACUCAUAGUACCUUCAACCUUAUUGGCUCUUGCAACAAACAUCCGAACAUACAAAGUUACAAAGAUACAAAGCCACAAAGAUACAUACGCUCACACCACUGACAUAUGAGCUAUUUUUUCAAAACAGCUCAAUAAAUUUAUUUUUCUCUUUUUUAAAGGAAAUACCAACUCAUGUCUACUAGGCGCGUUGAAAAGAAAGAUGACCCUCUCAAGGGAAGCAGAUAUUUCCUUGAACUUGAGGUCAAAGAUCUUACCGAUGGUGCCAGCUAUAUCCUUGCCGAAUACGUGUUUCGUCCAAAGGAAAAAAACUACUCACUUUGUUAUCCAAAAGGCCUGCAAUGGAACAGGACAGCGGAUGUCUAUUUGAUCCUCACUGCCAAGAAACUGGGUCGAUGGGUUCAUCAUUUUAUUAAAAAUGUUGAAAAGGUCAUACAGGAAACAAAAGAUGAGCAUAUACAUGUGGUUAUUUAUGAUUUUGAAAGCCCUGAUACUGAUUUGAAAAAGCAGGCUCUCGAAAAGAGUUCUGUUAAGAAAUAUAAUUUCAUCACGAAGGCUGGGAACUAUUCUCGUACUGUUUCGUUCAGUGACGCAAUACAAUCGAUAAAAGACCCAAACGCCAUUGUUGUCACAGUAGACCUGCAUCUGGAUUUUGGAAGUCGGUUGAUUAAUGACAUACGGAAGGUAAGGUGGGGUAUGAUGGCCAGGCGUUAGCUCCUAUAACGGCCCAGCAUUCCCUCUUGAGAAACGAGGGGGGCUGGUGCCGAAAUUUGUCCCUCAAUGGCUCACGUUCGAUGUAUUAAAAUUCUAACAAGACUCCGAGGCUUUAGGAAUAAAAUUGCAAAUUUUUCACGCCUCCAUUGUCUCGGAAUUCCCAGAAGAGACUAGAUCACAAAGAAAACCAAACCAAUUAUAGAAAAAUGACCAGAAAGCAUCGGAGUCAUGUUAGAAUUUCACUAUAUCGAAAGAUGGAUAUUGAUUGUAGUAUCGUUGCCGGGGACGCACCGCACGGCGCCGGUCAGCUAUUGGCCAGUUUUUUCCCUUGUUUGUAGUAACAGUCCUAGAAGUCUUUGCGCAUGUUCACUCGGCCCAGUUUCCUCUCGUUUCUAAAGUGGCGAAUAUGGAAGACUCCACCCUAUAUUUGAGUCAUCCUCUCCCUCUCUUGGGCACGAUAUUAGGUUUGACAAUGGCAGGAGAAAUCACACUAAUGAAAUUUUACAGCCUUAAGGCUCUCUUAAAUUUGUAAACUUUUGUCUUUCUAAAGACUUUUAAGUCAUACGAAUAUAGAUUACUUAUGUUAGCACACGACCGUUUUUAUAACUUUUUACCCGUUCAUAUUAUUAAGCUGUUUACGAAAUAUGAGCGCAACCAUAACUUGCGAAGGAAAUUGACCUUUUUGUUACCAAAACCAAACACUGGAGUUCUUCGCAAGUCCACUUGUUUCAAAGCGGUAUCUCUAUGGAAUUCUCUUGACAAUCAUACGCGUGCAAUCUCAAGCAAAAAUGUAUUUCAAAACUCUCUAAGACGUAGAACUUCAUGCGAAUAGCUUAGUUUAUAGAUAUAUUUUUAAAAACAGUUUAAAUCUUUUUCUAAAUUUUAAUUAGUUUUAAGCUUUUUAUUCAUUUGUAAACUGUGUUUAACUUUUAAAUACACGACCACAUCAGCUUCGCUGUAAUUUUAUUUAUCGCGUUUAGAUAAAUGUUGUUGUUGUUGUUACUUGAUUGACAAUACUAAGUACUAGUAUUGUAGUACAGGCGACGAUGUUUUCUUGUAUUUUACUACAGCACUCGAGCCAUUAUACCUGUACUAUCCUGCUUUUUCAUAGCCGAUCUCAUUGGCUUCGUUGUAUUGACUAACCCUUUGUUGUUUCAGCACUGUAUUAAGGGAAGAAUGGUAUAUGCACCUCAGAUAGUUUUCCUGAAUUGCGAUGGAAGCAGCGCGUUGCCGAGGGGAUCUUGGUACCACUAUAGCUAUGGGACAAUAGCCACAUACAAACAGGACUGGGACAACUUUGGAGGAUUUUCAAAGGACUUUCUCAACAAGAUUACGUGGGGCGGCGAAGACUGGGACAUAAUCGACGGAGCUGUCAAGGGUGGACUGGAAAUUGAACGAAAACGUUCUCCCUGGAUUUACCAUUAUUAUCAUUCUAAAAAGGGAAUGUGGCAAAAGAAAAACGUUAAUAAAACGGCUCUUGCCAAGGGCAAUCCAAAAACCGGUCUUGCGGCAAAGAAGCUUCCUCCCAUGGUUAAAUCUCCACCAAAAAAGGAAAUUUCCACUAAGACAAAAGGCGUGGCCCAAAACAAGGCAACACCACUUCAUAGGGAUCGUAAUCCUCAAAACAAGGUCACCAGUCAUCAAACACUAGUCUCCUCUGGUAAACAGGCCCAUCUGCAAGCAGUAGGCAACUCGCCAAAAGAAUUCGCUGCUCAAAAAGGACUUUCUCAAAAGAAGGUUCCGAUCCAGAACAAAGCCCUUAACAAAAAAGAUACUAAUCAGUAG